GCCGGGACUCAUACCCGGAAGUGAACGAAGUAGAAGUUCGCGUGCAAGAUGGUGGCCACGAGGAGAGGAGCACGCGUGAAUUCCCCAACCAAAACAAAACCGGAGCAGCCGUCCGAGGUUCAGGACACUCCCUCCACUGGCCGAAGAACCAGAAGGGCUGCUAAACUAGAAGAGACCCUUGCAGAGACCUGCAGCAAACUUGAGAAGAGUGAAGAUGAAGCUCUCCCAUCUAACCCUACUUCCACAAAAAAAAGAUGUACCAGAGCUUCCCGACUCCACAGUCCAGAGCAGCCCUGCACCCCAGUGGGCUCUACCCAUGAAGCAGACGUGUCAGACUUGGAGUCCUGCUGCUCUGCAGUGUCUGACCCUGACCCACCAGCGAAAAGCACCAGGCGGAAGAGACAGUCCCAUGCAGAAAAUCAGGCAGAUGAGGAGGUAUCUGAAGUGGAAUCGUGCUCUUCUGCAGUGUCUGGAUCAAAAGCAGGCUACAGUACCCGUCGAAGCACAAGAAAAAAGACAGUUCCUGAAAGUUCUGACAUAGCUCAGGCUGAAGCAGGAACUGUUAAAGUUGAGCUGACCCUGGAGACAGAGUCCUGCAGUUCUGUGGUGUCUGAAUCCCAGAGAGUUACGAGAAGCCAGAGGAAAACUGCUCGCACCAGAUCGACAGCCAAAAAACACAUCGAGGACUCAGAGCUUUCGGAUGCCGACAGCUGCACUUCUGCCGCCUCAAGACGGAGAUCGAGGCGGCAAAUUCAGCCUAUUCCCCUGCAUCUAGACGAGCUAUCAGAAAGUUCUCAGUCUCCCAUCCGGAUAACUCUGCGGACCAGGGCAGCAGGAGGGAAGGUGGAAACCACGCUAGAUGUCAGUGAACCCCCAUCUUGUGAGUCUGAAGGGCUUGAGUGUGGACCCACUAAGAGUUUGACCACUCUUAGAAGGGGCAGGUCACGUUCAGCAGGUCCUAAAGACGUGGAUUCAGACUCUGAGGUAACGAAUGUGCAUUCCUCAGUGGGUAGCCCUGGCUCUACACGAGGCAGAGGGACUCCCUGCAGCAGCCGCACAGGCUCAGGGACCAGCAGCCGGGGUGCACCGGCCUCCAGACGCUCAGUCAAGGACUGUAGUGUUGUUGUAGAAAAUCCCGACACAUCAGAAGACAACUCACUAAAUGACUCUAGGCUGGAAAACACAGUAAUCGCAGAGGAUGCAGACUGUACUCUGUUAGAGGAAAAUGAGAUCGAAAGAUCUGAAGUACAAGAAGGUAAAAAUACCUCUGAUCGGUCUUCCAGUGAUACAAAUACAGAAAAUCUAGAAAAGGAGAUAAUUGACAUCUCAGAAGAUAACUCCCACAUUGGUCCUUCAGAAUCAGUUUUUCCAGAAGAUACAAGUGAACCUGCAGUGAUCGCUGUAGACCAGCAGGAGGAGCCAUCUACUGAAACUAGCGACAGAGAUGCCUCAGAGAUGGAAAUGAUGCAAGAAACAGUCCCACCAUCGGAACCGUCAGGCCCCUGCUCUUCUGUUACAGUAACAAUAUGUGAGAAGGCCUCUGAAAUGACAGAGGAGGCAGAAGAGGAACAGGAAGCUGCUGACACCCACCUGUCAGAGACAGACAAGCCUCUGGAUGAGGAUGCUGUUGUGGGAACUCAGCUUGACGGUGAGGAAAAAAUGGAAGUCAACAUGUUAAAAACCGAAGUUCAGCAGGUGGCUGACACCAGCGCUGCCCAGGCUGAGCCCAUCCAGGUCACAUCAGUCCAACAGCACAGGGUCACCAUCGAUUCUGAAUCCGAACAGCAACCUAAAGAUGUUAUCAUCCAGAAAACAAAAAUAAUCAGCCUGCUGGACAGCAGCGAUGAUGACGAAUUUGACGAAGAGGAGAGGGAUGUUUCCGAAGAGGGAGAUUUGGAGCCCAGGGAUGAGGAGAGAGCGGGUCCCUCAAACAAGUCGGAGGCAACAGCUGCAUCAGUUGAUGGGCUGUUUAUGAUUGACACUCGGCCCGGGCAGGAAGCUGAUGAAGACUACUACAGAGAGGGGCGAGAAGAGGAGGCUGAACAGGAGGAAGAUGAGUUUGUAGAUGAGGAGGUGGAAGAUGAUGAUGAUGAUGAAGAUGCGAAAGUCCUGUUCUCAAGUAGAGAUUCUCAUUCGAAAGAGUUGUCCAGCCGUAUUGACCCCGGCAUUAGACUGAAGGAGCUCGGGGGUUUAUACAUCAGUUUUGAUGGCAGCAAAUCAAAACCUGACUCCAGUUCGCUGCAAAAACUAAAGGAAAAGAAGAUCCAAGAUGAGGUGAUGAAAAAGAGUGUGAUUGGACCAGAUUUUGAAAAGAAGGAUGCAGUGCCUCCAUACAGUGAUUCUAAACAAGCCAUAAAGCUGAAACGCAGAGCAGAGCGGGAGAAAUCCACAGGAGAUGGCUGGUUUAAUAUGAAAGCCCCAGAGAUGUCUCAGGAGCUGAAAGGAGACCUUCAAGCGUUAAAGAUGAGAGGCUCCGUGGAUCCAAAGAGGUUCUACAAGAAGAAUGACAGAGAUGGCUUUCCCAAGUAUUUCCAGUUUGGCAAAGUGGUGGACAGCCCAGUCGACUUCUAUCAUUCCCGUAUUCCCAAGAAGGAGAGGAAGAGAACCAUGGUGGAAGAGCUGCUGGCUGAUGCUGACUUUAGACACCAAAACAAAAAGAGAUUUCAGCAAAUUAUGAUGGAAAAAGCAGCACAGGGAGCUGGCAAGAGGAACAACAAGAAGAAGAAAUUCCACAAGACCUGAUGUGAUGAACACGGACUCUUGAGACUUUUCAUAAAAUACUAACAUCCGGUUUUUAGGCACACAGGGUUGUUGAAGGUGUGAGCUUAAAUAUUUUGGAAGUGAAAUACAAUUACAUGAAGCUUGAACCCUGAUUAUUUAAGGUUCUCUGUCACUAAAAAAGGAACUGACUGUAUAAAAUAGAACGGUAACAUUAAAAAUAAAGAUCUAUAAAUGUACAGUGAUCAGGAAAAAAUUUCAUUCUUUAAUUUACAACAGAACUUUUUUUUUUAACUCAAAUGAACUUGUAAUUUCCAAACAUCUGUCUAGAAAACAAUAAAUGGUAUCGUAUGAUUUUUUUCUGCAGUGAUUGUUGCCCUUCUAACCAAUAAAAGCUUGUCUGCAUCAUG